AUCUGCAGCUGAAUAUUUCCAAAGUAACCAGCAGACUACAGCUGGUCAAAAAUGGUGUAUUUAACUUCAGCCUCCUUCUCAAUCAAUCCAUCAAUGAUCUACAAACCUUUCCUAAAGGUUCAAUGGUGUCACUUCAACAGGCUCAGGAUCAGACUGCAGCAACUCGCUCUGACAUUAAGGAGUCACUGCUUCAGCUGCACAGACUCACACAGCAGCUGCAGAAUUCUUCUUCUGUAGUGGAUCACACUAACACCACAGUGAGGGAGACAAACCACCUGAUGGCUCACACACAAACUGCAGUCAAUGAGGUGCAGCAAAAGCUCCAAGAUGCUGAGCACCGUACACGACAUCUGAUAGAGAAAAUAAAGCCGCUGAGCAUGCUGGGAAAUAUGCUGAAGAAGAACCUCUCCAACAUCAGAGAACUAAUUGAUCAGGCCCGAAAACAGGCAGCAUUGAUAAAGGUAGCAGUCCAGGCYGACAGAGACUGCGUUCGAUCCUACAGACCUCAGAUCCAGUCCAGUAACUUCAACACUCUGAGUCUAAUGCUGAAGACCUCCAGUCCAGAUAACCUGCUCUUCUACCUGGGCAGCAACACUACAGUGGACUUCCUGGCUGUAGAGAUGCAUGAUGGGAAGGUUUCCCUGCUUUGGAAUGUGGGUUCUGGCACCACACGACUGGAGAUUCCUGGAACUGACAUUUCCAACAACAGAUGGACCAGAAUCAAUGCUACCCUGAUUGGGGCCCAUGGUACCCUGUCUGUCCAUCAGGUGGACUCUGAGUUGGCUCCAGGACCUGGAAUAACAAGAACAUCACCAGGAACAUCACAAGUUUUAGAUAUCAACAGAAACACAGUGAUCCACAUUGGUGGACUGGGAGUUCACACUCAGUCCCCAAGCAGAGGAGACAUCCUUCCACUUCGAUGGUUCUGGUUUCUCUGUGGUCCACAAGUCUCUGAAAGCAACAUCCACUUCCAUUGUGAUGCUGUUUAAAACUCUGUCUCCAAGUGGGCUGCUGCUGUACCUGGCUUCUAUCAACAUGAGGGACUUCUUGUCUUUGGAGCUAGUAGAGGGGCAUGUCUGUCUGACCUUUGACCUGGGAUCAGGUGCUUUAAUCCAGACCUCAAACAGGAGGUACAACACAGGAGUUUGGUACAAAAUCACACUGCAGAGGAACAAACAAAAAGGUUACCUGUCUAUAAUGGCAGAAGACCAAUCAUCAGAUAAGGAGGUUUUGGAGGCAGAGUCUCCAGGAACAGCUUCUGACCUUAACCGCUCUGACCUUGACCCAGUCUAUAUCGGAGGACUUCCGUCUUCCACACCAGUCAGACAACAGGUUGUUUCUAGGUCAUAUGUUGGCUGUAUAAAGAAUGUUGAGAUUGCCCGUUCCAACUUUGACCUGCUGAGAGAUGCAUAUGGAGUCCAGAAAGGUUGCCUUCUCACGGCGGUGAGAAGUGUGUCCAUUUUGCCUGGAGGCUUUGUCCAGAUACCUCCUCCAUCAUUCAGUGAGGAGGUGGAGCUUCUCCUUACCUUUUCCUCCAACAAGCAGUCAGGACUCCUUCUGGCUGCCUUUGGUAAAGACCGAACACACAAACAGCACUUCCUGUCAGUUCACCUGGUCUCAGGUGCUGUAGAGGUGGAGCUUGGGGGUGUAUUUGGAGCCACUGGUGCCGUCACAGUGAUGAAAUCUGAUGAAGGAUCUUUCAGUGAAGGAAAAAAACACUCUGUGAUUGUUUCUAUCAACAGAAAAUCUUUGUCCUUGCAGGUGGAUGACGGACACUUAAAAUCUGUUUCUCUGAUGUCAGAAGUCCCGUUUUCUCAGUUGUCCCCCUUAUCUUUAUUCGUUGGUGGUGUCCCACCUGAGAACAAGACCUGUCUGCCAAUCAGAUUGCGUGCUUUAAGCAGGUCAUUUAGAGGUUGCAUCCAACAUGUAGUGAUGGACAGAAUACCUGUUGACCUAUCAGCAGCAGUCAGGUAUGAGGGCGCAGAGCUUAACAGUUGCUUAUUUGAGGAGAGGGGUAGAAGGGCAAUGCUUCCUGAAAACCAGGAUGUAGAAUCAGCAUCUGACCCUGUAGAUCUGCCUUUAGCCCAACCUAAACACCAAAGUGUAUCCACACCUCAAACUUUACAGUGUGUUUCAGAUGAAAAUCCUACCUUUCUGCCAUCAGCAGCUCAGUUUGGUUUAUCCAGACACAGUCACAUGACCUUCAUCAACCCCAGAACAGCUCAGAAAAGUAUAUCCAUGAGGUUGGUACUUCGAAGCCGUGGUCUGGAAGGACUGAUAAUUCUUCUCUCUUACUCCAAACUGAUGGACUUUGUGGCCCUCAGUCUCAAAGAGGGCCGUGUCAGGUUGUCAACUGACUUUGGAAAAGGCCCCGCCUCUAUUGCCUCAUCUCUUGUUAUUAAUGAUGGCGAGUGGCAUGAUGUCAGGGUGGAGGUGAACCGACGAUCAAUGUGGGUUUCUGUUGAUGGUUCACCUCCAGAGCCCAUCACAAUCAAAGGACACCGCCUGGAUGUGGACAAGAGACUGUACCUGGGAGGGUUACCUCACGGAGUGUCCAGCAGGAGGAUCAAUUGCAUGAUGGGUAUAAAGUUGGCUCAGACCUGUCUGUGUCUCUGGAGUUCCAAACAAGCCAGUCAGAAGGUGUAUUUCUAGGAAUCAGCAGUGCGAAGGUGGAUGCUAUUGGACUGGAAAUGAUUGAUGGACAGGUGGUGUUCAGUAUGAAUAAUGGUGCUGGUCCAGUUUCAGUGCGUUCCACUGGUCAGAUGCUGUGUGAUGGACAGUGGCAUCACCUGCUGGUCAGAAAAACUAAACAUGUCCUGAUUUUGAGCGUAGACGGGCAAAGAUACACCACCCCCAACCCCUAUCCACAAUCCACCUCUGCUGAGACCAACAACCCUGUGUACCUGGGAGGAUAUCCAGCAAAUGUCAAACAGAACUGUCUGACCAUCAGCUCUAGGUUCAGAGGUUGCCUGAGGAACCUGCAGCUUAUUAAAUCCCAUCUGAGUGUUAYUGCUGACCUUAGCUCCGCCUACUUCCUGUUGGGCGUCACUCCUGAAUCUUGCCCUGGGGCCUAGCAACAUUCAGCCCAGCUGUGAAGCCUGCGGUUUGUCACAAAGCAGAAGUUUUAGGAUGCUGAUCUUGUGAACAAUCCUGUCUGACUGAGCUGUGAAGUUUUUAGUGACCAAACGCUACAUGAUGCAUCUAAAAAUAAUGAAUCCUGUUGUCAUUCAUGGUGUAAACAAAGAUCAAUAAAGACAUCUUUCACACACAAA